AUGACCAGUGCAACUACCGAGAAUAAUAUUAAGAACUCAUGGACAUCUUCAAUAGAUCCCAAAGGAGCUUAUCAAAGAAAAGAAUCAAAAUUCAGAAGCGUUAUUACAGCCGAUGGGUCUUCUGGUUUUAAAGCUGAGGCCAACAGAUAUCAUUUGUAUGUUAGUCUGGCAUGCCCCUGGGCUCACAGAACCCUUAUUGUUAGAAAACUAAAAGGUUUAGAAGAUUGUAUCUCCGCCACGGUUGUUGAUUGGCUCCUUAAAGAAAAUGGAUGGGCUUUUACUGAUAAGAAUAUUUUCUUAUUUCAGAAACCAAAAUGUACAUUGGAUACAGUUAAUGGGUUUGAUUAUCUAAAGCAAGUGUAUAUGAAGGCAAAUCCAGAAUAUGGGGGUAACAUAACGGUACCAUGUUUAUGGGAUAAGGAAAAGGGCACAGUUGUUAAUAACGAAUCGAGUGAAAUAAUCAGAAUGUUCAACUCAGAGUUCAACCAGUUUUGCAAAACGGAUGCUCAAAGACAACUUAACUUUUAUUCUGAAGAAUUGCGCCCAGAAAUUGAGAAGUUAAAUGAAUGGAUUUAUCCACAAAUAAAUAAUGGAGUGUAUAGAUGUGGAUUUGCUAGAUCACAAGAAGCCUAUAAUACUGCAAUUGAGGAAGUUUUUAAUGCACUCGAUAAGGUGGAAGAGAUUUUAUCCAAGAAGAGAUAUCUGACUGGUAAGAGUUUAACAGAAGCAGAUAUCAGAUUAUUUACCACUAUCAUCAGAUUUGAUUCGGUUUAUCAUACACAUUUUAAGUGUAACAAGAAGAGAAUACUAGAUUAUAAGAAUAUAUUGUAUUAUAUAUGUGACCUGUAUCAAACUGGUGGUAUAUCAGAGACAGUUGAUAUGGAACAUAUAGUUAAACAUUAUUAUGUCAGCCAUAAAACUAUUAAUCCUUUUGGUAUUGUACCAAUUGGUCCAGAUCUCAACUUUAACCAACCACAUGGCAGAGAAAAGAUAUAG